AUGGAGAAGUACAGCGCAGACGACUUGUUUUUAUUUAAAAGGAAGCCCACAAUGUCCAAACCUUGCUGUGCUCCGUCCAACACAACCAGACAUCAUCACCACCGCAGCAGAGAGACGGACAGGACAGCACGACAGACGGCCGUUUGGUUGAUGAAGCUGUUGAGCGUGAUGACAGAACAGUGUGUGAACCAGCAGACGUCGCAGGAAGAUGCCAGGAAGUGUAACAGAGGAACCGCAAAGCAUGAGGAAAGGGAUUAUUACUCAGAUGCAGAAAAUGUGGAGGAGCAACAGAGAUAUGAGAAGCCAAUCAAUGAGUCUCUCCAGGCCAUUGAUCUGGAGCAACAGGAGCUCUCAGGCAGGAGGAAACCAGCAUUAGUCAGGUCAAAGACCUUCGACCACUCCCUGCUCACUCAGGUUCAGACAGACUCAGAUCCCAAGUUAGAGAGGAAGAAGUCUCACUACAGCCAGCUUUCGAAGAGCAACUGCCAGUACCAUAAAAUAUUUAAGGAAAUCAGCAAAGAGGAACAGCUCAGACAGAGUUACACCUGUGCUCUGCAGAAAGACAUCCUCUACCAGGGACGAAUGUUUGUCUCUGAUCACUGGAUCUGCUUCCACUCCAAGGUGUUUGGCAAAGACACAAAGAUCGCCAUUCCAGUGAUGUCCGUCACUUACAUCAAGAAGACCAAAACUGCCAUCCUGGUGCCAAACGCUUUGGUGAUCGCCACCGCUAACGACAGGUAUGUGUUUGUGUCCUUCCUGUCCAGAGACAACACCUACAAGAUCUUGAUGUCCAUCUGUCUUCAUCUGGAGAAGAGUCCAUGCAGCAGUCCCAUCCCCUCCUCCGCUGAGAACAGCUUCAGAGGUCAGAGGUCAGCUCUGUCGCCUCGCUUUCCUCUGAGUUUUCCAGGUGAUUUCAGUGACCUGGAUGGAGCAGUGAGACAGAGGAGGCAGGAGAUGGAGGAGAGCAGCAGCUCCGACUCCCAAACCCACGACUACGAGAAGAUAGCAGAGUUCCCCGUUCCUCCGUUUCUGGAUGUGUUGAAGCACACAGACGGUGCAGCUCCACCUGAACGGCCAAACCAUCAGCACAAAGUGAAGAGCCAGCACCAGAACCAGCAGAGCUCCGACAAGCAGCACGACACACACCACGCUGGAUCAGAGCUGGUGAUUGACAGCAAGACUCAGAAACCAGUUUCUCUCAACACUGUGCUGUUUGUCUACCUGUGUCUAGUGUGUGUCCUGGUCUUCUCUUCCUGUUACCUGGCCUUUAAGAUCGUCUCAUUGGAGCAGAGACUGACGACGCUGGGCUCCGUCAGCGAGUUCACCCACCAGGAAAAUGACUUUCUGCGGGGGAGUGACGUGAACACAGAGCUUUUCUCUGAACUCCUCACCAUCAACCUGAUGAAGCUGGAGAAGGUACAGAAGAACCUGCAGAGGCUGCUGGACGAAGCUGCUUGAAUGUACUGGAAACCAGUGUACGAAGAUGAAAGUGCUGUAAAUAAACUGGAAAUACACAUAGUUUAUCAUAGUGAAUGUUACA